AUGAGGGACAUUCUGAGCAUCGGCGGGGAACCCGUCUUCGACAAUCGCAUCGUGAAGAUCGAGAGUCACACGUACAAUCUGUACGCCAAUACCACUUUCGGAUACAGCGACGAGAUACGAAUACCUAUACAACAGCAGGACCUAUACACGCUGCCGUGCGAGAAUUUUCUCUACGUCAAAGGUAGACUGCACGCGAAGAAUAAUCCGCCGCCCGCGUCGAGCGGCGAAUCGGGUAAGCCUGCCUCGGCCUCUAAGGAGCCGUCCGUGCCCUCGACGCCGGCGUGGCUCGUGAACAAUUGCGUCGCCUUUAUGUUCGAGGAGAUACGUUACGAGCUCGAUGGCGUGGAAAUCGAUCGUAAUCGCAACGUCGGAAUAACCAGCACGAUCAAGAACUACGUCUCGCUGACGGCCGAACGAGGCAAGAUCUUGAAGAACGCCGGAUGGGAUCUCGCGACUGGACCGAGCGGCGUCGCGUCGACGGGCGACUUCAACUUCUGCGUUCCUCUCGAUACGCUGCUAGGUUUCUCCGAGGAUUACAGGCGCGUCGUUAUCAACGCGCGUCACGAGCUGAUUCUGAUAAGAGCGCGAAACGACAACAAUUGUCUGAUAUCGCGCGAGGAAUUCGAGCUCGCGAAGAUACAGUGGCGCGUGCCGCACGUGGUGCUGAAUGACGUCAACAAAUUAUCGCUGUUGCGCACGUUGGACAGCGGCAGAUAUCUGAGCGCACCCUUUCGCUCGUGGGAUCUCUACGAGUUUCCGCUCCUGCAGAGCACGACCAAACACUCGUGGGCCGACGCUUCCAGAUUCGACGCGUGCAAUCUGACCAACGUAAAGUUGUAUCUCAAUUCCGACUUCUAUCCGUACAACGAUAUGAAUUUGGACUUCGAUAAGAACAAGAUGAUCGCCGUACUGUACGACGCCUACGCGAGAUUUCGACGAACGUAUUACGGAUCCGCGAGCGACGAGACGCUCCUGACUAUGAACAAAUUUCUAUACUGCGGCCCGCUCACGGUGAUAGAUUGUUCCCGCCAAAACGAAGCGAUUAAGAGCGCCACUGUGGACGUUCGUCUAGAAUUCGACUGCAAGGACAACGUUCCUUCUAACACCACGGCGUACUGUCUAAUCAUUCACGAUCGCGUGGUGGAGUACAAUCCGUUGACGAACGUCGUGCGUAAGAUCCUGUAA